AUGGCCACGCGUGAGGAGCUUCGCAACGGCGUGAAAAUUGUCAAAGGCUAUUCCAGACCACCCGAGGAGCUUGAGCCCAAAUCCAGAUCGGUAUGGGACAAGAUAUCGAAGCUCGAGAGCCGGGGCUUGUGUAUGGAGUGCGAGCGCCACCGAUGGAAGACCAGCAACAUACAGGUGUGCCUCGACUGCGCCAAGAGCCUGAAAUCGCUGACAUGUUGUCACUGCAAGAUAUCUUACGUGAACCACAAGUUCUGCGCUAAGGCGUCCAAGAUUUACAAGCGGGAGCUUUGCCUGUCUUGCGCCUCAAACUGGGCCACGCACAACUGCGAUCCCAAGCUGUGUAGGCUUUGCAACCAAUGGUCCGCCUGGCGCUCCACGUCUGAAUGCGACCGUUGCCACGAGCUACUGCAAAAGUACGGCGAGCCUUUUAAAUGCGAGUCAUGCAACAACAACGCGGCGUUCGACCGCGGCGAGUCUGCGCGGCAGCGCGUGAACGACCUGAGGCUCUGCUUCCUUUGCACGUGCAACUACAAGAAAAAUGACUACUACAAUCGCAAAUUGCUGAUGCAAAUGGGACAGGAUGCAGGAUCGAACAAGAAGGCGCACCGACCGGAGAAGCCACACUGCGUCUCGAGCGCUCAAGAGGACUCGCCGACCAAUCCGGAUGUGGCGAAGAUGAGGGGCGACGGUACCGAGGCGUCGGCUGACACCGCAGCACAGCGAGAGGUGGCGGAUCUCAAGGAAUGCAUCAAGAAUCUGAAAAGGAAGUACGCGGAGCUGCAGGAAGAAAACAUCCGGCUGAAGAAACGUCUCAGGGAGCAGUGA